CAAUCACCUUAAAACUUCAAAUCUCUCCUCGUUUCUCCCACAACAAGUCACGCCUCAUCUCUCUCACUCCCCCUUGUACGUCUGUAUGUAUACACUUUCACAACCUUAUCUUCUCAAAAGCCCUUUGCCCUCACUGUCGCCUCACUAGAACACAAAGCUCCUUCUCCUCUCUCUCUAUCUCUUCUUUCACCUUCUUCCAUCUCCAUGGAAAAGAAAAAUCCCAUUAAAUCACUAAACCCAAACGCACCGGAAUUUUCACCGGCGUUUACUCGAAACCCUAAUCUGUACCAUCCUUCGCCCCCGCCUCCUAUAUUCUACUUUAACAAGCCGUUUCCUUAUCACACCAAGCUUCAAAAGACCAAGCCGUUUCUUUGUCAGACUAAGCUUCAGAAGAACACGACGUUACCUUAUCAGACCAAGCUUCAGACGAGCAAGCCGUUUCCUUAUAACACCAAGCCUUGGGAGGCUAGUACCGGCGCAGAUGUUAAGCCGGCAAAAAGCCCUUUCCGUAAUGGGUUUUGUAACCAGAGAUGUCUCCCACCUCGGCUUUUGAAGAAGUUUUCUUCCGAAAAGUUUGUGCCUUUACCGGAAAAUAAGCUCGCCGGUAAAACAUCCGUCAUGGUUAAGAAUAUACCUAACUGUCUCGGACGAACCGAUCUUUUGAGGAUUUUGGACAAGCAUUGCCGGAAACACAACAGAGAGUCUUCAUAUGACUUUCUAUAUCUGCCUAUGGAUUUUGUGAAACGAGCAAAUUUGGGUUAUGCCUUCGUUAACUUCACUACCUCCGUCGCAGCUGAGAGAUUCCAGAGAGAAUUCGAAAACUUUUCUUGGGGUAAUCUCGGAUAUAGGAAGAAGGUCUGCGAAAUCACUGUGGCUAAGUAUCAGGGGAAAGAAGAGCUGACUAAACAUUUCAAGGACUCAAGGUUCACUUGCCACACCGACAAUUAUCUUCCGGUGGUUCUGUCUCCGCCGAGUGAUGGCUUCAUAGGUUACACUCUCACGACGCUUGGUGACAGAGUCGGCUUACGUGGCGGUGGUUCACGUCGUGGUUCAUGGCGUUAAGAUUUCUAGGGUUUCCUAGAAGAGGAAUUGUGUUUUCAUUAUCUCCCUGGAUUUGAGAUUUUGCAGGAUGACGUGGCGUCACCAGCUGGGGUGAAAUGGAAACAUAGCUUCCCUCUUUCUCUCUCGUUCACUUUUUACUUUCCUAGUUAAUGUGUUUGUUAAGGUGUGUUAUGGACUUAAAUACCGCUACAAUGGUCAAAGUGCUCAAUUAUUCCACGUUUAGUUUU